CCCCCUUCUCCCAAACACAUACACACCUGAAGCUGUAGUCUGAGCAUUCCGUCAUUCUCACCUGGGACAGCGACAGAAGAGGGUCGAUAGCGACAGACAAACAAACACACUCGCACACAAACUUACUCAAGUCACACAUUCUCACAGAUAUACUCCUCUGCUGUUUACCUUGGAAGUGGAGCAGUGCAGUACUCAGGAAUAUUGCGAGGGCUUGAAGCCAGAAGGGUACAAGAAUGGCACCUGGUUCCAAAAUGCACAAGCUGAAAUUGAUGACCAUCGUCCGUGAGAUCGAGAUCUAUCCUUGCGAUGAUGUCACAAUGCCUUGCCAACUCUCCCCGGCAAUGAGCGCGGUCUCCAUGGAGAUUCGGUGGUUUAAGGGGGCGGAGUGCGUCUACCUGUACAAGGACGGAGCAGAGCAUGAGGGCCGUGGCUACGAGGGAAGGUUUCAUAUGGACCCAGCUGGGCUGCCAAGAGGAAACGUAUCGCUCAAACUGUGGGAGAGUGACGAAGCCAACGAGGACAGGUACACCUGCCAGGUGAUCAGCGGAAACCAGAGGGACGAGACGAGGCUCAUGCUCAACUACAAUGGGGAGUCUGGAGCCUUGUGUGCAGAUCCCAGUAAAAUUACUGACCGCCUGCGUAAGCGAAUGGACGAGUCCGUCAAAGCGCUCAUCUGCCGCAUGUCUCCCAGCUGUAGCCAACUUAAUGUGAUGAGCACUGCAGCUCUCCCACCAGCUAUAAAUCCAGCUCCAGCUGUACAUGGAGAGGAGGUGAAACAGGAGGCAACAUCAGCACCAGCACCAUCAGCUCCAGUGGCAGCAUUUGGAGCAGCAACAACAUUUGGAGCGUCAGUAGCAACAGGAGCCGUGGCAACAUCAGCAUCAGUGGCAACUUCAGUACCAGUGGCAGCAUUUGGAUCAGCAACAACAUUUGGAGAAGCAACAACAUUUGGAGCAGCAGCAGCAGCAGCAGCAGCAUCUGUAGACACUGAGAUGGAAAUAGACAGUGGACUCAUGACCACCGUUAACAAGAAGAAGAGGAGGAUGGAGGACAUGAAGGCCAAUCCCAUGAUGAAAGACUACAAGCUGAAACUGACGACCAUCAGCCGUGAGAUGGAGAUCUACCCCGGCGAUGAUGUCACAAUGACCUGCCAACUCUCCCCGGCAACCAGCGCAGUCUCCAUGGAGAUCCGUUGGUUUAAGGGGGCACAGUGUGUCUACCUUUACAGGGACGGAGCCGUGCAUGUGGGACGUGGCUACAAGGGAAGGUUCCAUGUGGACCCAGUUGGGCUGCAGAGAGGAGACGUGUCGCUCAAACUGUGGGAGAGUGACGAAGCCAACGAGGACAGGUACACCUGCCAGGUGAUCAGCGGACAGCAGAGGGACGAGAAGAGGCUCAUGCUCAAGUACAACGGAGAGUCAGGUGUCAUAUGCACAGAUCCCAGUAAGAUCACUGAUCGCCUGAGGAAGAAGAUGGAGGAGUCAGUCCAUGGACUCAUUCAUGGCGAUUCACCAAGCAAAGCAGCCGUCAAAAGCAGCUCCUCCAACGGGACCCAAAAGAGACCUGCGGCACCAGCAUCGCCUAAAGCUCUGCCCGUUGUGAAAAGAAACAUCACCUCCAUCACCAUCCAGAGUAGUGUUGUACCCAAAGCCCCAGCAGUCACUAGAAGCCUGUCCACCAGUAGCAGCACUGACAGAAGUGUUGAGGAGGAACCACGGAAAGCCCCCGCAGUCGUCAGAAGCCUGUCAACCAGUAGCAUCCAGAGAAGUGUUUUGGAGCCACUGAAGGCUCUUGCAGUUCACACGCACUUCAGAGUGGCGAGUCCCGCACCAGUCCAGCCAGUGGAAAUCAACAAGCCAUUGUUCGGAGCGCCAGCGAAGAUCACAACCGACACCACGGCAAUGACAGCCACAACGACAGAUCUGGAGCAGCUGAGAGAGCAGUUUGAGAAAGAGAAGAAAGAGAUGGAGCAGAGGCACAGGGAGGAGAUGGAGGAGAUGAGGGCAAGAUACGAGAGGGCUGAGGCCAGCGCUGAGGCUCAGAGGAACCUCGGCAUGAUCCUGCUCCCCGAGGUCAAGAUGAACAUCAACAUCUUCAAAGCCCAGCUAGAGGAAGAGUUCAAGAGGCAGAUGCAGCUGCAGCCGCAGAGUAGGCAUAGAGGGGUGCAGAACGGGGCGACCAAGGCCAUGACACACAUGAUGGGCAGGUUCCACCACCAGGUGGCAGCACUGGUGGCUAGACUAGAGGGCAUCCACUACGAUGGAGACAUAGAGAUGGAUGACGUGAGGGAGUCUCUGAAGAGAGAGAUGGAGAAGGAGAAGCAGAAGGAGAGGGAGAUGGAGAAGGAGGGAGGGGGUUUCCACAGGGAGAUAGAGGCCAUGGAGAAUGAUAGAGUCAUGACGAAGAAAAGCAGGCUGUUUUAGAGAAUGGGGUAGUUAGCAUACAAAGUUGACAUUUGUUGUAGGGAAGCCACACUCUCGUAUGGAGUUAUUUUUCUAUU